UAAUGUAAGCAUUAAGCAACGAGAAGAAUCGAAAAAAAUCAGUGAGAAACGAACCUAAAAAAGUGUUUUUAGUCUCUCUCUCAAAAUUCCCAACGGUAACCGGAGAAUCGCCGGAAAACGAAUCCUCGCCGAGGCACAAGACUUGAAGAUUCAUUCAUUCCUCUUUCAAUGGUUGCUUUCUAGGUUUCCCACACCAAAUCGGUAUGAAACGCCUCUGGUUCUGGUUGUUUCCGUUGCUCUUUACGACCGCGAUUGCAGCAGAAGAGUCUCCAAUAACUCGUAUAGCUUUCGGAUCAUGUGCUAAUCAAAGCGCUCCACAGCCGAUAUGGGAUGCGAUAAACAAGUUUGAUCCGCAACUGUUCAUUUGGUUGGGUGAUAACAUUUAUGGAGAUAUUAGAAGGCCACUUAAAGUUAUUGGGAAAGAGAGAACCUUUGGCCCAUGGAGGAAUACACCGAGGUUUGUGCCUUCUUCAGAGGAAGAAAUGAAAUUAAGAUACGCCAAAGCCAAGUCUAAUCCUGGCUAUUCUCGUCUUCAGAGAAAUGCUAAGGUUAUUGGCACUUGGGAUGAUCAUGAUUAUGGAUUGAAUGAUGCUGGAAAGGAGUUUGAUCGUAAAGUCCUGAACCAAAAACUCAUGCUUGAUUUCUUGAAUGAGCCUCUUGAUAGCCCAAGGAGAAAGCAAGCUGGAGUUUAUGCAUCUUAUACUUAUGGUCCACCUAACCGUAAAGUCAAGGUUAUAGUUUUAGAUACAAGAUAUCAUAGAGACCCUUUGCGAAGUGACGGGAGUAUCUUGGGUGAUACGCAGUGGGGAUGGCUCGAAAAAGAAUUGAGAGGUCCGCGGAGCGAAAUCACUAUAAUAGGAUCAUCCGUUCAGGUGAUAUCAAAUCUUUCUGCUACCACUGGACCUCUCUUUUAUUUGGAAUCAUGGGGCCGUUUUCCAAAGGAAAGAAAACGUCUUUUCCAACUGAUAUCAGAUACUAAGAGAAAUGGAGUUAUAUUCAUCAGUGGAGAUGUCCAUUUUGGAGAAAUCACAAGAUACGAUUGUUCUGUUGGGUACCCAUUAUAUGAUGUCACCUCUAGUGGUCUAGUACAAUAUGUUGAGAAAGUUAUCCCUCGCCCCUUGCGCUCCAUGGUUAGGCUUCUUUUCUGGUAUACACCAAGCACAAUGAGAGUUAUCAAUGAAAACUGCAAAUUCAAAUCCUGCACAUACGGGCAACAAAAUUUUGGAGCAAUAUCGAUAGAUUGGAACGCAAAGCCGGUUACCAUAAGGCUCGAGAUAAGAAAUGUCAACGGAGACACAGUACUAGGCACAAAUGUUUUACUAUCUGAACUACAACCACGAGGGUCAAAUCCCUUGACAGAUCCAACCACAAAGGGAAAGUCUCAACGACAUUGCACUCUCGAAAUCGAUUUACCAGGAACAACUAGAUACCGAUUGGCAGUUCUCAUCUACUUCACCAUUGCUGUCUUGGCAAUGGCAUUAUUAGGAUUGAUCAUUGGAGCUGUACUGACCAUAACAGCUUGUGUCCAUAAAUGCAAGGUUGACUAAUUUGUUGGUUUGUUCUGGUAAAACCUUUUUUUUUUUUUUUUUUUUAUAUCACUAAGCUUUAACCACAUUUUGCUUCAAUAUAAACAGUCUCUACAUCUUAUAAACUGUAUUACUUGCA